UGGGCCUAAACACCCUGGUGAGGACGCUAAGAAGACACGGUUUUGUGUCCAGGGACCCCCAGUCAUCCUACAAAGCUGAUUUCUGAAAAGGCAAGGACAGAGGAAUAGGUGCUUCCCCGAGGUGAGCAGGGUCUGGGAUCUUGAACUAGUCCAUCUUGAGGGUCCCUUCUGAGUAAGAUUCUAGGUUUUGUUCGUCUUGGUUUAAAACAUGAGGAGUUUUAAAAGCGUCUUGGCCAGUCUCCUCUCUGGAAUCCUUGUGUGUUAUCAUCCAGACACUUACCUGGCUAUUUAGGUCUGCUGGCUGGUUGGCUCAGGUGUGGGUAAAGUGCCCAGCUUGGAGAAGAGCAAUGUUGUUUACAUUCUUUCUUUCUGAAAAGUCACAAGCUACCGGCAAGAAAUGAAAGUGAAAUCAGGGGACAGUGUCAUCAGUCAGCAGAAAUGUGCCAAAGUUCAGAGAGCUGUUUACUUAGGCACGACGUGCCUGCCAGCCAGUCAUAAGCCCGGGGCUGCAUUGAUCUGCCGGCCCCUCUCCACCGGCCUGGAUUCUGCAGCCUGGACACUAGGAAGCCAGCGAGAGAGAAAAAUCCACCGAACCCACUUUCCUGCUCCUCUUGAAGAGCGCUUUGUGCAUUCUGCAUCUUCUUUUCGGGACCCAGAAGGCGCCCUGUGAAUGGCAUGAAGAUGACUGUCCUGAAGUCAAAGCGGUGCAGCCAGCUGCUGUUCCUCGGCACAAUGGCCCUCACGGUCACAGUCAUCGGCCUGCUCUUCUUUGCUCUCCUCUGGAAGGCCGGCAACCUUGUGGACCUGCCCAACCUCAGGGUUGGCUUCUACAACUUCUGUCUCUGGCACGAGGGCUCCGGCGCCCUGCAGUGCUACCAGUUCCCGGAACUGGAGGCCCUGGGUGUGCCUCGAGUGGGCCUGGCCCUGGCCAGGCUCGGCGUGUACGGGGCCCUGGUCCUCACCCUCUUCGUCCCCCUGCCUCUCCUCCUGGCCUGGUGCAAUAAUAAUGAGGGGGAGUGGCAGCUGGCCGUGGGCUUCCUGGCCACGUCCUCCGUGCUGCUGGCCAGUGGUCUGGGCCUCUUCCUCACCUACACCUGGAAGUGGCUCCAGCUCUCCCUCCUGGGACCUGGGGCUCUAGCUCUGGGCGCUGCCCAGACCUUGCUCAUUGUCUUGCUUGUGGCCACAGCUGUGUUCCCUCAGAAGGCAAAGUACAGGAGCUGGGGAGCUGCUAGCUCUGUCUAAAGGCUUAUGUGAUCGCAAGGGUUCGCUUUGAACUGUGCUCAGAGAAAGCUGCCAGAGAACGCACGGGCCGGUGUGUCUUCUCGGCCACCCUGUUUCACACCCAGCGCUGAGCAGACUGGACCCACCACGGAGGGGGUGGGUGCCCAACGUCAAGGAGGACAAGACUUCUUAGGAUAGGGUGGUCUGUCCUUUGGGACUUCUAAGACACCCGAGAACCACAUAGCUCAUUGUUGCAAGAAUUCCUGCUUUAGUUAACUGACCUGAGCAAGCCAUUCUGACUUGAUCCUCAGAACAAUGGGGAGAUAAGGCUUCCUGUCAUUGGGGCCAGAUUUCCAGGACAAGCUGCCAAAUGCCAGACGGGAACCCGGUGACGGUUUAUGAAGGAACGCCUCAGUGUCCCUGGGAACCCAGCCUACCAAGCGUCCCAUCUCCAUUCGAGACAAUGCUCCCAAAGGCCAAGGAGUGAUCUGAGGGAUUCACAGGACAGGCACAGAGAAGAGCCUGGCGGUUUUGAAUGUUCCCCUGAAAAGGCUCCUGGACCUGCAGACAGACAGAACAGGGGUCUAACCACUGCACACGAGCAGCCCGCUCCCAGCACACGACCCGGGUGUUCAGGAGCCCAGGACGCCAGGUCCCUGGUCAGGAGAGGACGAUGAGCGGACUGAGCUGGCCCACGUCCAUGCAAACGCCGCAUGCCCUCCCAUCUCACCCUGCGCCAGAAAGGAUACGAGCACCACUCACGCACGGGGGCACUGUGUGUAUUCUUCAGCAUCUGUUACACUGACAAUCUACAGCACGUGAUCGCCUCAUCCCAUGCCUGUGCAAAGCCACACUGAAUAGAGGCAGAAACACGGACUCCAGUGUGAUGUCUUGUCCUCUGUGUCUCUUUUGGGCUCCUAUCCCACUCUUACUUUCUAACUGCCCAGGGGCUGAGGCCUAGAAAGGCGGCAGAACGUGGCGGCCCAGGGGAGGAGGGCUGUCUGGUUGGUCGGGAGGCCUCCCAAUCUGUACAUGGAACAGCAGGCAGGCUUUCAAGGGGGAGCCCAGCCCUGGGGGAAGGUGUCUAGUUCAGGGUUGGACCAACAAGGGCUCACUGACCAACUGACACGUGACGGAAGUGAUUUUAAAAACAGGCUUCUUCCUUAAGGUGGCCAAACCGUAGGAACUGCAGUGUACAUAGCAGCCAUACUGGUUUUUCCUUGAAAAUUAUUAAGCUGACUCUUCAGUUCCAGUAAGUUUGACCCCCAUGAUCUCAUUUCCCUGGAACCAGGUACCUGAAUAAGACAGUGUUGAGCUCCCAGGCCCUUGAGCAGGGAGAGCAGAGAGCAGGAAUUCUGGGGGGAGCUCACUGACUCCUCACCUCCCCCGGUGAAUCCACCCAGCCCAGGGAGGCUUGACGCUGGGAGCAGAAGCUGUCACAGUCUGAGGGCAGCGCUUGGGCUGAGAGGGGAAGGCCAGCUUCCUUCAGCCGCUCUGAGCAGAAGGUCCUGGAAGUGUGUCCCUUAGCUGAAAAAGAUCUCCCUGACGUAUUUUAGCUCGUCCUGGUCUUCCUCGAGGCUUCUGCUGCAGGCCGCGUCAGAACCCGAGGGCCCCAGGGCAGGGCCGUCUGCCCCACGGUCCUCUUCCUCACUGUCCUCGCUUCGGCUCCAGUGGGGACUUGGGGACGGCGGUGCUGGGCUGGCCGGGGAGCGCUCUGGCUUAUCAGCGCCUGCCAGAGGUGGCGGCUCCAACGGCUUUUCCUGUUUUCGGUCCUCCUGAGCAGAAGAAACGGCAGGCAAACAGAUGGGUUUUACUUCCCUAACAUGCAAGGACACAGAACGUACCCAGUAGCACCUGUAAAGCCAGCGCCGGGGGACCGGGCCCAGCUCCCAGAUCACAGAUGGCCCCCCUCCCUUCACCGGACUCUGCCCCUCCCCGCCCUCCUUCUCGGCGGUGCAGAAAUCAGGACCAGCAGGGCGAGCGGCGGGCAGGGGCCUCAGGAACAGCGGCGCAGGGACGACAAGUGGACCCCACAGACACAGAAGGGCAGGCCGACAGAACGGAAGGCGCGCAGGACGCGAACCCUGAGUGCGGGCCUCACUCACUGGGACUAGCGACAGUAUCGACCGGCAGGUUUUUGCAAGCAUUAAAUGAGAGAGGAAUAUAUAAAAGGCCCUGAGCAACUCUCAGGGACUACACCACUUGAAGGUGGGACAACCGUUAGCCCCUUCUGGAAGCCAGGGCUUCAGCGGCGAGGUGCUAAGGAUGGUGAUCAGAAGUCACCUCGCCCAAAGGAGACCCUCAGAGAACACGAGCAGUUCACGACUCUUGUCCCCUCCACCUGCCACCAGCAGAGAGCCGCCCAGACUGGGAGGGCCGCCCUCUCUCACAUGGCCACGGCCUCCCAGGUCUCCAGCCCCAAGGGCCUGGCGGGGGCACCCCUCCCCUGGAGCAGGCUACAGAUGAGCAGGCUCCCGGCUGCCAACAGGCAGGGCGCCUCUUUUAUUAGCACGAACCCCCGCCAAGAGUCUCUAGUCAUCAGAAAAGACACAGCUGGGCUUCCCUGGCGGGUCAGUGGUGAGAAGUCCAUCUGCCAAUGCAGGAGAUAUGGGUUCAAGCCCUGGUCCGGGAAGACCCCACAAGCCUCGGGGCAACUCAGCCACGUGCCAUGACUACAGAAGCCUGUACGAUCCAGGGCCCACACGCUACUAUCACUGGGCCCAGGAGCCACAACUACUGAGCGCGUGCUCUGCCAACUGCAGAGGCCCAUGUGCCCUGGAGCCUGUGCUCCACAACAAGAGAAACCACCGCAAUGAGAAACUCUCACCGCCACCAGAGAGCAGGCCCCAAUCCCCGAGCAGCAGCGAGGACCCAGCACGGCCAACAUAUAUACGUAAAUAAAAUUUACAAAAAUAAAAGACACAGUUGACUGUACCUCAAUGAGGAUCCCCAGAGCAACGUCGACAAUUUCGGCUUCAUUCAUGCAGUACACAGUCCUCACAGCAGGAAAUCUGAAAGAAGAGCAUGAAGUUAGAGACAGGCACAAAUCACCAGCAGGAAAGAAUGAGACCCAGAGUCAUAUCUCGGGGCCUGUCUGCCAGGGCUGAGAGCAGUAGCUUCCUCAGGGCACUGCCGUGGCCUCUGCAUCCUUGGAACUAGUGACUGGCAGAGGGGUUCGGGGUUUCCCACCAUCCAUGAACUCCGCUAAGAAAUAGGGUGAGACAGCUGGCUCCUGAGACACAAACGUGCCCGCGUGCGUACACGCUCACGAUGCAAAAAGGUCAAACAGGCCAAGACAUGUCUGAAUGCCACCCCUCACCCUCAUGUGUGAAUACAAUAAAGGAGGGCUUUCCCUGGUGGCUCAGCAGUAAAGAAACCCCUCACAAUGCAGUCCUGGGUUCAAUCCCUGGGUCGGGAAGAUUCCCUGCAGGAAGGCAUGGUAACCCACUCCAGUACUCUUGCCUGGAGAAUCCUCAUGGACAGAGGAGCCUGGCUACAGUCCGCUGGUUCGCAAUGAGCUGGACACGACUGAGCAACUAAGCACAGCACAGCAAAGAUCAGAAAGCAAGGCUGGUCAGUGAAGAAAACUUAGAAAGGGAAGAGUCAGAGAGGGACAGUGAGCGCCUGAGACUAUGGCCAGGAGAGGACAGGGGUACCCCCUCCCUGGCAGCCUGGAGACACCCACCAAUAUCAACAUUCAACCAACCUCCCCCCCGUGCCCCCCAGUCUCUGAUUUCCGGCCGGCCCGGCAACCUGCAGCUUGUCUGCCCGUCCCUAAAGAUAUAUCCGCAGGAAGAUGGGAUCACUUGGUCCACCUACCCCCUCAUUGGAUGGUCACAAUUUCUGCGGCAAAUGAAGAUACUGACAAUUUGGACAAUUGCUAUCUGAGAGCUUAGCUGGUGUGUGUUUAACUCAAGAGCUGGAGCCACUAUCUGGGAGCUGACCCAUGAGGGCCAGAGGGUGGAGAUUCACCGACAGAGGCAGAAGCCAGUGCCAGCCUGGCAGGGUACAGCCACCUGCAGCCUGCACACCCCCUGAGAGCGGAUGAGACGUUUGUGGACUGAAACACCCUCCCUCACUGUUCCACCAACACUGGACGACUGGGCCCCAGCAACUGUGAGGCCUUCAAUCCCUCCCCUGUCCUAAUCCCCCAGGAAGACAGAGGCUGCCCCACCUGGCUGCAGCUGCUGGCACCGUGGCUGGUCUCCUCUUGGGGGUCUUCACCUGCACCGCCCUCUUUUCAGCCACCUGGGCUGUCAUCCAUGUGGGCAGCACCCUCUUUUUAUUCUCAGACUUUAAGGCUUCCAUCUCUUUAGUCUCUCAUGAAGAGGAACCAGGGUCCAAGCUUAGUGACUUCAGGACAGCAAAUCCCACUCUCUCAUCUCACAGCAGAAACUGUAGGUCCGUUUGUCAUCAACAGGAGUCCAUCUUUAAUUCCUACAAAGAACAAAGUCCAGUGAAUUCUAAUAAAUAAGAAUAUUCUCAGGCAUCAGCCACAGUGACUGGUUAGGGCAGGCCAGAGGUGAGCAGGGCCAAGGAGACUCAAAUGGAUCAUUCACAGGGCAUGAAGAGGGGUGUGUGGAGUGGGCAGGCUGUGGGCGUCAUGGAGAAGAAGCCCUCCACUCAGGGCCCAGGGCCCCCACCAGCAGUGGGGCCCCAUGCUUCCAGGAGCCUCUGCACUGAGCCCCUCAACACAGGAGGAAGGAAGGUGCCCCUUCUCCUCUCCACAAGAGAUGCUCACUGUCCCCAGGGUGCCCAGACAAUCCUACCCUUAAAACCUCUCUCAAUGCUCUCUUCCUCCCCUCCUCCCAUCACAGAUUUCUCCUUCCCUCUAUCUAGGAGUGGUUAUAAGAAACCCCAAGGCCAUUUUGAUUCACAGUGAGGUUUCACUGGCCAACACCCACUCCCUUAAAUCCAAAGAUACUUCUGACUGGUCGGGUGUGUCAGAUAUCAUUGUGCCUGAAUGUGCAGAAUCCAGACGCCAGGGCUCUGGGGGUCGGGGGCCGGUUCUCAUCUAAUCUGGCCUCUCCCCACCCACCCCCACUGGAUUCCUGCCCUGCCCCUCCUGAAACUCAGCCCCGACCCUGUGACUCAAAGGGUGCAGAUCUCUACCCUCCACUGAGCAGUUAACCCUGAAAACAGCUCAGCGCGCACGUUCUGUGAAAAUCCAAGAGGUGGUAAUAGUCAUUCCCACAUCUAAUGUUGUUCAGUCGCUCAGCGUGGUCCAACUCUUCGUGACCCCAUGGACUACAGCAGCCAGGCCUCCCUGUCCAUCACCAACUCCCGGAGUUGGCUCAAACACAUGUCCAUUGAGUCGGUGAUGCCAUCCAACCAUUUCAUCCUCUGUGGCCCCUUCUCCUCCCGCCCUCAAUCUUUGCCACAUCUAAUGAGCACCGCUAACCACCCCGCACAAGCACAGCUGCGGUGCUCGGUGCGUAUACUGAUUUGACCAUGAGAUGGAUAUUCUGAAGCCCAUUUUACAGACGAAGAACUGACAUUUAGCAAUUCGCACAGUCACCAAAAAAAAGUUUGAAAUGGCCGGUCAGGACUCGCACCUGGGCCCUCCAGGCCCUGGCCCUGGGCCCCGCCGGCUGGGGGCGGGUGGGUGAGGGCCUGGGGCGGCCCCGCGGGCGCAGCGACCUGCCCGGAGCCCCCAGUUCUCCGCCUCCCUGCUCUCGGGGACCCCGCGCCGCUACGGGCGCGAUGAGAGCGGGGCCGGCCCGCCAGAGGAGGGCGAAGCGGGACGCGCGACCCACCCGCCCGCGUUCCCGGUACUCCUCCGGCCGGGCUUCCUACCUCGGGGCCCGCGCGCCCUCCCUGGCUUCCGGGGAGGGCCCGGGAGGCGGAU